UGAGCAGCGCUACCCUUCCUCGGCGCAGCCAGACACACACGCCACCGGUGACUCGUCACUCCGCGGUGGAAGAUGGCUGCGGUGGAGCGGACCCAGGUCAGGGAAGGGAUCCGGAUAGUUAUACUGUGUGUGUGCUGGUACACGGUCAGCUCAGGGGGCAACGUCGUCAACAAAAUAAUCCUGAACGGAUUCCCGUACCCAGUCACCGUGUCUCUGUUUCACAUUAUUUCUAUCGUCGUCUUCCUACCGCCGCUGUUGCGGGCAUGGGGAGUCCCCAAAACAGAACUACCGAGCAGGUACUACCGGUGGUACAUCUUGCCUUUAGCUUUCGGAAAAUACUUUGCGUCUGUGUCGGCUCACUUCAGCAUAUGGAAGGUACCGGUUUCCUAUGCACACACGGUCAAAGCCACAAUGCCAAUAUGGGUUGUGCUGUUAUCAAGAAUUAUCAUGCGGGAGAAGCAAACCACAAAGGUGUACGUAUCGCUCAUCCCCAUCAUCGGUGGAGUGCUGCUGGCCACAGUGACUGAGCUGUCCUUUGAUGUUUCAGGAUUAAUCAGUGCUUUGGCUGCCACACUCUGCUUCUCUCUGCAGAACAUCUUCUCCAAAAAGGUGUUGCGUGACACCCGAGUCCACCACCUGAGGCUUCUCAACAUCCUGGGCUUUAAUGCUGUGAUCUUCAUGCUGCCCACCUGGGUUCUGGUGGAUCUCUCUGUGUUUCUUGUGAAUGGAGACCUGUCGGAAAUCUCAGAAUGGACAGGAACCUUUGUCCUCCUGCUCAUCAGUGGCUUCUGCAACUUCGCCCAGAACGUCAUCGCCUUCAGCGUGCUCAACCUCGUCAGCCCUCUCAGCUACGCCGUCGCCAAUGCCACCAAGAGGAUCAUGGUGAUCAGCAUCUCACUCCUAAUGCUGCGCAACCCAGUCACCCUCACCAAUGUCUUGGGUAUGAUGACGGCCAUAGUUGGAGUCUUCCUCUACAACAAGGCCAAGUACGACGCUAACAAAGAGAAGAAGCUGCUGCCGAGCUCAAAGCAGGACCUGAUGUCCUUCGACAACCCGGCACUGGAGAAGAUCCAGGCCAACGGGUCAGUGCCUUUCACUCACGGCUCAGAGCAGCAGAAGCACGGCUGGAACAACUCGGUGGUCGACCACUUCCAGUACAGCCGACAGGCUUACACGACAAACUACAACAGCAACCACCAGUAUGUGGUGUGAAGGAGGACUCCGUCCCCGCUCUGGGUCGCUGUAAUAGACAUUACUGUGUGUAGCCACCCCCCCCCCCCCCCCCCCAGCAGCGGAUCUUCUCCGCCUCACUUCAUAGUCGAGACUGAAGGCAAGUGCUGUUUGUUCUGAUAGGAAGAAUAAGUCGGUUGUGAUGGGCCAGUGACGUGACCUCUCCCACGCUCCUCCCUGUCUAAACUUCACUGUCUGACAGCUUUGCUCUAUGUCAUUGUUUAUUUAUUACUUUGAUAACUCACUGUAUGGGCUGGUCUGAGAGAAAACAAAACUCCUAUCAUGCAUUUUCAGACAUUUUGGUGUAGGAUUAAGCCAUGUUAUCUAGACAGAGAAAUCUGCCACAGCACGCGGACAUGUGAAACGUAGUUGAUUAAUGAUUUACGCCUCACUGUUUGGAAAUGUUUGAGUUUUGUUUUCACAACCGGCCAGCCAGAGAAUGUUUUGGAUAGUUUUGUUCACUUUCAGAGGAAAGGAUGUCAGCUGUAAUUAUUUACUGUGAACAUGCACCCAAACAAAGGCCUGUCAUGUUACGUUUCAUAACAAGCACGGUUCAACAAAGGCCUUGACAUUUUUGGUUUUAGGCAUUUCAUGUUUAGGGUUGUCAUUUUUCUUCAUGAGGUGUUUGUCAUGAUGUGAGGAGAAACUAAUUGUUAAAAUUAUCCUCAGUGAACUAAUUGUGUUCCUCUAUUCAGGAGCAUUUCAGGCAACAGUCGCCUAAAAAAAAACUUUAGUCUUUUUUAGUUUUUGUCUGAUGGUAUGAUAAGUUGAUCAGCCUUUGACAAGUUGUUUUAAGCCAGUGAUGGCUCUAUGGAGCAAUAUCAGUCUGUUUAGUACUUUGGUCCAGGCUGAAAUGUCUCAACAACUAUGGGAUGAGUUGCUGUGAAAUUUUCUACAGACAUUCAUGAUCCUCACAGGAUGAAUCCCACUGACUUUGAUGAUCCAUAUAGCCACCAUCAAUUCAGAAUUUCAGUACUUUGUCCAAUACUUUGGUUCACGACUAAAAUCCUACAAAAAUAUCGACAUUCCUGUCAGUCUCAGUUUAGUGUUUAGUGCUAAUUAGCAUAUGUUAGAAUUCUAACACAAAAAGAAUUUACCUGCUGCAACUCAACAUCUGCACUCACUUUACAAGGUGAUUCAAAGGUAUAUAAGUGCCUGAUGAAGAAAAAUGCCCAAAUUCUAAGCAUGAAAAAGAAAAUUCAUUCUAUCCGUGGGAAUCCGUGAUGCUUGUAAACUCGGCACUCCUACAUAAAUCAGUAAAAUUUCAGUCAGACUUGUUGUCGACAAGUAUUUUGAACUGCCGCAGUUGAAAAGUUGGCUUCACAAAACACACACAGUGUUGAUGUCUUUGAAUUGAGACAAGUUCUCCUGAAAACCAAGAGUGAGACUGGCUCUGUUACUCAGAACGGUCAGUGACCUCCCACAGAUCUGUCCUUUUCCCCAAGGAAAUAAAGAACAUGUUAUUUGAUAUCACUGAUCAUUGAUGUAAAAAGUUAGCUUAAGAUUAGAUUCACCAAAUCAAAGUAUCUCUGUAAGGAUGCAUAGUGUUUCAUCUUUCUUAGGGGAGUCUAGCAAUGCAAAAUGCAAUAGAGAUGUUAAAAUGAAUAAUUUUGCUGUCAUAGUUUGAAGAAUCAAUUCAGAACAAUGCAUAGUUCUUUUUUUUGUGAUUAUUUGUAUUUAUUGACCUGCAAAGCUUCUCAGGCAGAGUGAGAUUUUCUCUUCUGUCAGGCGAUUUUUCAGCCUGAAUCAAAGCUGCUCUAUCAUGUUUUUGUUU